UCACCUGCAUCACUUAGAAGCUUGAGCUCUGUCUCUCUCCCUCCGUCUCUCUUUCCGUCUCUCAGUUGCUCUCUCUCUCUGUCGGUUUCCCUCUGUCUCUCUUUCUGUCUCUCUCUCUCUCUGUUUCUCUGCAAUUACAGCAGCAAUGGAAGGAAGAAGUGAAUAUAAGAAAGGGUUGUGGACAGUGGAGGAAGACAAAAUUCUAACGGAUUACAUAAGGGUGCAUGGCAAAGGCAAGUGGAAUCGAGUGGCUAAAGUUUCAGGCUUGAAGAGGUGUGGCAAAAGUUGCAGAUUGAGGUGGAUAAACUAUCUAAGCCCUAGUGUUAAGCGUGGCAAUUUCUCUGAGGAAGAAGACGACCUCAUUAUUCGCCUCCAUAAUCUUCUGGGCAACAGGUGGUCUUUAAUCGCCGGUCGGGUUCCGGGAAGAACAGACAAUCAGGUGAAGAAUCAUUGGAACACUCAUUUGAGCAAAAAGGUUGGAGUUAAAAAGGAAAAAAGCCCAGUGUGUGCUUCUUCACCAACAUUGUCUAAAGAAUUAGAAGAAAGUUUUAGCAUCCCCUCAGAAUCCAAUUCAAGACCUGCACCCAACUGCAUUAACGGCGAAGCAGUAGGCCUUGAAGUCACUGGAAGUGGGUCGCUUAGCUCGACCGAUUUGUAUAGCCCACAAGAACCGCAGCCAUGGAGUAGCAGUGAUGAUUUUGAUCAUAAUUCUUUUUGGUUAUUUAUCAAUGAUGAUCUAAAUUUACAAUUUCCAAACUUAAUGGAAAUUCUUGAAUAGAAAACUCUUGAUCUUGUACUUGAA